GUCAUUUAAAAUUAAUAAUAUUUGUAUACAAUGUUUUCUUAGUUACUGUUCUGUUACUGCCAUCACUUACUAUUUAAUUUAAUAUGAAGUGUUCAGCCCCCAUACUAAAAUUAAUUAAAUUGGAACCCAUGGUUCAUAAUGGAUGAACAGUGUGGUGGGAAGUUGGGGGUGAAGCACGGGCAGUGUGGGGCUUGUGCGGGAGUCUACAGACGCUGCGGUCGGCAGGCCGGCCCCGCGGAGGGCGAGGUCACCCCUCUGGCGCGCCACCUGCAGGCAAAGAUCCGCACCGUCGGCCCCAUCACCGUGGCCGAGUACAUGAAGGAGGUGCUGACCAGCCCCGCGUCGGGCUACUACAUGCACGGCGACAUGAUCGGGGAGCGUGGCGACUUCGUCACCUCCCCGGAGCUCAGCCAGAUGUUUGGAGAGAUGGUGGGAGUGUGGCUGUACAGCGAGUGGCAGAAGGUGGGAGCUCCCCGUCCGAUGCAGCUGGUGGAGUUGGGGCCCGGCCGCGGUUCCCUCGCACACGACAUCCUGCGGGUGUUUGCGCGGCUGGGCGCCGGCGGCGAGGGGGGGCGUGGGGAACGACCGGCCCUGCACCUGGUGGAGGUGUCCCCCCGCCUGAGCGACCUGCAGGCGGAGCUCCUGUGCCCCGGGGACAGCCGGGCGGCACCCGGCGAGGCCCCGCACUACCGGGAGGGCACCGCGCCAGACGGCACCCCCGUGCGCUGGCACCGCGCCCUGCGGGACGUGCCCCGCCGCUUCUCCUGUGUCGUGGCGCACGAGUUCUUCGACGCGCUGCCCGCCCACAAGCUGCAGAAGACGGACGAGGGCUGGCGCGAGGUGCUGGUGGACGUGGAUCCCGGCGGGGCGCCGGGGCGGUUCCGCUUCGUGCUGUCCCGCUCUGAGACUCCCGCGUGCAAGCUGUUCAUCAAGCCAGGGGAGAGGCGUGCACACCUGGAGGUGAGCCCCGAGAGCUGCGUGCUGGUGCAGCACCUCGCCCAGAGACUCCGCCGGGACGGCGGGCUGGCCCUCGUGGUCGACUACGGCCACGACGGCACCAAGACGGACACCUUCAGGGCGUUCAGGCGGCACCGGCAAUGCGACCCGCUGGUGGCGCCCGGCACCGCGGACCUCACCGUCGACGUGGACUUCUCGUACCUGCGGGGCUGCGCGGGGGACUCACUGAUGCUGGGGCCCGUCUCCCAGGCCUCCUUCCUGGAGCGCAUGGGCAUCCACACCCGGCUGCAGGUGCUGCUGGGCUCGUGCCGGCCGGAGCAGCGGGAAGGUCUGCUGGCCGGCUACCGCAUGAUGGUGGACCCGGACCAGAUGGGGGAGUGCUUCCGGGUGAUGGCCGUGUUCCCGUCCGUGCUGCGCGACCACCUGGCCAGGUUCCCCGUCGCCGGCUUCCCCCCUCCCCCCCGCGCCGCCGCCGCGUGACGGCCGAGCCCGUCGCCGCCCUUCGUUCCUGCGUCCACGUCAUUUUCUUGCAACCGUGGACCGGAUCGAGAGAGGGUUCUCCUCAAUGUUUCUCCAGUGCUACGAUUUUGCUCCGAAGAUGAUAUUGCUGUUUUAAAGAAUGUAUUUGAAUGUACAUAUUUCCUUAAAAUACAUA